AUGCAUGAAGAAAAGCAGCCCCCUGGAGAGGGCAUACAUUCUUCCAUCUUCUAUGCCACACACCGCCAUGCCAUCAGCAUAAUCGAAGGCCGGGCGUCGCUCAACGACAUCCGGCAUUGCCGUCCGCCCGUCGACAUCGGCCUGAAAACGCUCCAGAGCGCAUGUACAGACCACCCAAUGGCGCAGGAACCGGGCAUCAACGCAACCCCACGCAGGCUCGGCCCGCGUUUCAGUCGCAAUCCGCCUCCGCGCCAUCUGCAUUCGCUGGAAUGGGCAAUGAUCGACCUCCAAUCGAUUUGA